UUGGUCGUCGUCGGCGGCGGUUUAGCGGGCUUGACGGCUUCACUCACCGUGCUCGAUCGUGGCGGUAGGGUGACGUUGGUAGAGAAAGAGGCAUAUGUUGGUGGUAAUUCUCAGUGGGCGUCUUCGGGGAUCAACGGAGUGAUCAAGACUUCGUUUGAAGAUAAUCCCGACAGCGUCGAAGCGUAUUCAGACGACUGCGAAAAAUCCUCCUACGGAAACGGCAACGGUCGCGAAAAUCUCGAUCCCGAAACCGUCGAACAUAUCCCGACGCUCACUAGCCAGGCUGGUGCCACGAUUGAAUGGCUUCGUCGACGCGUUGGCGCCGAUUUAAGCCUACUUUCGAGGCUUGGAGGGCACAGCUACGCUCGUACGUACAGACCGAACGAAGGUAUGGCGGGAUCGUCUCUCGUUUUCGCACUCAAAGGGAAAUGCGAAGACUACAUUCAAUCUGGGCGAUUUAAAGUGGUGAAAAAGGCUAGGGUGAGUGAAAUAAUCACUGCUGAAGAUGGCGCGAUCAAUGCCGUGCGUUGGACGCCAUCCGAUGGUUCGAAUGGUAGUAAUGUAGGCGGCGAAGUCAGAGCACGCCACGUGCUGCUCGCCACCGGGGGAUACUCGAAUGACAAGCAAGGAGAAGACGCAUUACUGAGCAAGUACGCGCCUCAGCUCACAAAGUUCGCCACGACAAACACGAAAGGCACGACCGGUGAUGGACACAAGCUCGCUUUUGGAUUAGGCGCUGGUGCUGUUGACAUGCAACGCGUUCAAGUACAUCCCACGGGCUUCAUCAAUCCUGAAGACGAGGGCGCCGACACGAAAACGCUUGCCGCAGAAUUACUCCGAGGUGCGGGUGGUAUUCUAUUGAAUCGUUCGGGUAAACGAUUUGCCAACGAGCUUGGCACGCGUGAUUACGUCAGCGCUCGCAUGCAAGAAGAAGACGCAGAAAAGCUCGACUUCGUGUUACUGCUUGAUGAAAAAGGCGCGAGCGAAGCGAACAAGCAUGUGCCGCUUUACGUGAAGAAGAACCUGAUGACCAAGUUCGACACACUCGCGGAUUUGACGAAGUGGAUGUCCGUCCGUGGAAACACGACGGAGUCUCAGCUUCGUGCGACGUUGGAGCAGUACAACGACCAAGCCAAUGCGGGUCUCGAUGAAUUCAACAAGACAUACUUUGCUAACGCGCCUUUCAAAGUUUCUGGGCCGUUUUACGCCGGGCGAGUCACGCCAGUGGUACAUUACACCAUGGGUGGUGUCAAGGUUGAUAGCUAUGGACGAGUCGUGCGAGCUGAUGGAACGCCCGUCGCUGGAUUAUUUGCCGCUGGGGAAAUCAUCGGUGGUGUGCACGGCAAGAAUCGUCUAGGUGGAAAUGCGCUCACUGAGUGCGCGGUGUUCGGGCGGCUCGUCGGCACGAACGUGAACAUUGUCUCAAACACGGAUGCGCCAUCUGCCGCGACGGAGGUACCGAAACUGAAGAUACCGAAACGAGAUCGCAUUAUCACGCAUGAGGAACUCGCUAAACACGCCUCCGCGGAUGACUGCUGGGUGGCUUUGUACGGCCGUGUUUACGACUUUACCGAUUUCUUGGAUGACCAUCCCGCCGGCGCCGACGCAAUUUUGCGAUACGGCGGAGGCGACGGUACGAAAAUCUUCGAAGCCGUGCAUUCGCGUAACAUGCUGAAUGACUUC